UUGAAGUGAAGUGAAGUAUGUCCAAACACUAACCAGCUAACCGGCUUGUUUCAAUAUACAUGUAUAUGUUCAAUCUAUGCAGACACAUCAAGACCAAUUAUUGAAACUGAUGAUUGAAAGGUUAUUUCAAAAGUAAAAUAUAUGAGGCAGAUUUUACCUAUGUAGAAAGGUGUUUACGAAUGACUUGAUCUUACAAUGUCACAACAAACACUCAAAUAUACAUUACUGAGUAAAAAUGUUCUCACUUUGGAUGAAGCAGAGUUGUAUGAACUUUCACAGCUAGCAGGCAUCACACUUGAUCCAAGUGUUUUCAAGAUAAUACUAGAUUUGCUGAAAAUGAAUGUUGCUCCUACAGCAGUGCUCCAAAUGUUAAUGUCUAUGCUUGGACAACAGAGAAGGAAACCAGUUCUGUCAGCUGGAGAACGUGGAAAAGAAAAUGGACAAGGUCGAACAAUAGACAGUGAUCCCCGAUAUGAUAGGAAUCGUGAACAAAGAGCAAGAUCAGGAUCAAGAGGGAGAGUUCUAUCAGGAUCAUCAAAAAGAACAGACUAUAGGAGAUGAUGAACACUUAUUGUUAAGAUGCACUGUAUUUUUAAAUAAAUAGGAAUUUGUAAAUAACAUUUCUGUAUUAACCUAUGAAUAAUAAGCUUAAAAUUUAUUAUACAUGUAAAAAUGACAGAUAAUGGUCAUUGAUGCACUUGGUUGUGAAAAAUAGAUGUAUGUAUAGUUAUUGGGAUAACAUGGAUAAUAAACAUAUUGAUACAAAAUA